UUUCCUUACGACUCUUGUACCUAACACGUUUUAUUGAAUUUAUUUAAUUUAAAAUCACUUUUUAAUUUAUCAAUAUUAUUACGGGCUUAUUGAAUAUACAAAUGUCUGGAAAUUAAUUGAAUAAUCGACACUAUUCAAGUCAGCGGAACUGUUGUUUAUUUACACUGUGUAAUAAAUAAGUAUGGUACGCAGCGGCCGAGAUCGCGAUCGAAGGCGGUCUCAUAGCCGAUCGGCAACUCCAGAUCGUAAACGAAGGAGGUCUCGUUCAAGAAGUCGGGACAGAAAUUCAAAAUCGUCAAAGAGGAAACGUAGUCGUAGCAGAGAUCGGGAUUCUAAAAGAGACCGAAGCAGAGAUCGGGAUAGGGAUCGGGAUCGGGACAGAAAGAGUGAUAAACGAGAUGAUAAAAGAAAUGGUUCAAGCAGCAAGUCUUCUAGAAAGAAGUCAGCAGAACGAGAGAAAGAUAGAUCAAAAUCUAAAGAGAAAGCUACUAAAUCUGAAUCUGGUGAAUAUGACCCAGGUUCUGUUGACAAGGAAGAGGAACAGAGUCGUUUAGAGGCUGAAAUGCAGAAGCGACGUGAUCGUAUUGAGCGUUGGCGCGCUGAACGGAAACGCAAAGAGUUGGAGUCUGCUAAGAAAGAAGUACAGAAAGGUAGCAUUGUGAGCAAUAUCCAGCUUCCUGCGAAGAAGUGGUCAUUGGAAGACGAUUCUGGUGAUGAAGGUGAAGAUGGAGAAGCCAAAGAGAAACAGCCUGUUGAAGAAAAGAAAGAAAUAGAAGAUGAGAUUGACCCAUUAGAUGCAUAUAUGCAAGAAGUCCAACAAGAAGUAAGAAAAGUCAACCAAAUGGACCAAGCUAGAGGUAUCAGCGUGCCCACAACUGGUGGAACAGGGGUGGUUAUCCUUACUGGAACAGCUAAGAAAAAUGUUUCCGAACAGAAAAAUAAAGGUGAACUAAUAGAACAGAAUCAAGAUGGAUUAGAAUAUUCGUCAGAAGAAGAAACUGAAGAUAUAAAAGAUGCUGCAGCCAAUCUUGCGUCUAAACAAAGAAAGGAACUUGCAAAAGUUGAUCAUGCCAGUUUGAAUUAUAUGUCAUUUAGAAAAUCUUUCUAUACCGAGGUUAGUGAAUUGUCGAGAAUGACGCCAGAAGAAGUCGAAGCAUACAGAACGGAAUUAGAAGGUAUCAGAGUUAAGGGCAAAGGUUGUCCAAAACCUAUCAGAACAUGGGCCCAUUGUGGUAUCAGUAAGAAAGAGAUGGAUAUAUUGAAAAAGUUGUGCUUUGAAAAGCCCACCCCUAUACAAGCUCAGGCCAUACCUGCUAUCAUGUCAGGAAGAGACUUAAUAGGCAUUGCUAAGACUGGUUCUGGUAAGACAUUAGCUUUUAUUCUACCAAUGUUUCGCCACGUACUGGAUCAACCGCCACUUGAAGACACCGAUGGACCAAUGUCACUUAUAAUGACACCAACCAGGGAGCUUUGUAUGCAGAUAGGGAAAGAUAUCAAGAAGUUUGCCAAAUCAUUGGGAUUACGGGUGGUUUGUGUUUAUGGGGGUACUGGAAUCUCUGAACAGAUAGCGGAACUAAAGCGUGGUGCUGAGAUGAUAGUAUGCACUCCAGGAAGAAUGAUAGAUAUGUUAGCUGCAAAUUCGGGUCGUGUAACCAACCUUCGGAGAGUUACGUAUGUUGUGCUCGAUGAAGCCGAUAGGAUGUUUGAUAUGGGAUUCGAGCCACAGGUUAUGAAAAUCAUCGAUAACAUAAGGCCAGACAGACAAACAGUGAUGUUCAGUGCCACAUUUCCGCGGCAAAUGGAAGCUCUCGCCCGAAGAAUAUUACAGAAACCCAUAGAAAUCCAAGUUGGUGGUAGGAGUGUAGUAUGCAAAGAUGUGGAACAACAUGUUGCGAUAUUGGAGGAGGACGCGAAAUUUUUCAAAUUACUCGAGUUACUUGGCUUGUACAGUCAGAUGGGCAGUAUUAUAGUAUUUGUGGAUAAACAGGAAAACGCCGACAGUCUCUUGAAGGAUCUUAUGAAAGCUUCUUACUCGUGCAUGAGUUUACAUGGCGGGAUUGAUCAAUUCGACAGGGACUCCACGAUCGUGGACUUCAAGAAUGGCAAGGUGAAGUUGUUGGUGGCGACCAGCGUGGCGGCGCGCGGCCUCGACGUCAAGCAACUCGUGUUGGUUGUUAAUUACGACUGCCCCAACCAUUAUGAGGAUUAUGUUCAUAGAUGCGGGCGCACCGGUCGCGCGGGCAACAAGGGGUACGCGUGGACGUUCCUGACUCCGGAGCAGGGCCGCUACGCCGGCGACCUGGUGCGCGCGCUCGAGCUGGCCGGCGCCGCGCCGCCGCCCGACCUGCGCCUCCUCUGGGACCGCUACAGGGACGCGCAGGAGAAGGACGGCAAGAAGGUGCACACCGGCGGGGGGUUCAGCGGGAAAGGGUUCAAAUUUGACGAGUCAGAAGCACAGGCGGCAUCUGAGAAGAAAAAGUACCAGAAAGCAGCGCUCGGUUUACAGGAUUCUGAUGAUGAGGACGUGGAGGGAGAUCUGGACCAGCAAAUAGAGACAAUGCUCGCUGCUAAGAAGAUUGUUAAAGAGAUUAAGCCGGGCGUGGUGGCGGGCGUGGGCGCGGGCGCGGGCGGCGCGGGGGCGGCGGGCGCGGGGGGCGCCGCCGCCGACGGCAAGCUGGAGCUGGCGCGGCGGCUCGCCUCGCGCAUCAACCUCGCCAAGGGACUCGGCGCAGAGCACAAGGGCGCCACGCAGCAGGCCGCAGAGGCCAUCCUCAAGGGCGCGCCCUCCGCGCACACGCUCAUCACGGCUAAAACAGUAGCAGAACAGUUGGCCGCCAAACUGAAUACCAGACUGAACUAUCAACCUCGGGAUGAAAGCGCUUCGGAACCAGCCGAGGAGGUGUUCCGCAAGUACGAGACCGAGCUGGAGAUCAAUGACUUCCCGCAACAGGCUCGCUGGAGGGUCACCAGCAAGGAGGCGCUAGCACUGAUCAGUGAGUACAGCGAAGCUGGUAUAACAGUGCGGGGCACCUACGUCCAGCCCGGCAAGCCGCCCCCUGAGGGCGAACGCAAACUGUACCUAGCCAUUGAAAGUUCACAAGAGCUCGCCGUAGCUAAAGCAAAAUCAGAAAUAACGCGCCUCAUUAAAGAAGAACUGCUCAAGUUGCAGACCUCAUCUCAUCAUAUGAUUAACAAAGCCAGAUAUAAAGUUAUAUAAAUGAUGUAAUAAAUGGCAUAAUAUUUAUGUGUGA